UUGUUUUGUUUCAGAUACAAUAUGGCAGUCAAAAAACAUGAGUUGGUUGCGGAUAAUCGCAACCAACUGGAUCUGACUGCGUUGGCGCAAUACUUUCAGAUGAUGAAUGAACAGCCGAACUAUCUGCCACCACCUCAAGAGCUUGUUAAACAUUGUCAGGAUAUCGUGAAAUGCUUAGCACGAACAACAGGAACAGAGGAACAAUUAUGGCAACUGCUGCAGCCGGUUGAGAGGUUUUUGCUCCGUGUAGUGACAUCAGUACACGGCGAUGUUCGUCAUGAAGUCUUUACAGCCAUUCUAGACAAAUUCUAUUCCUACAUAUCAGAUCCACAAUCGGACGCGUGUCCAGCGACUGCCGCGGUGUUGGUAGUGAUCGACGAGUCUGAUGACGAGGGUGCUCUGUCAGCGGCCCGUUGGUUGGUCCAGCAGCGUGAGAACGGUCCGGCCGGGGCUGGGCUGAGGGCGGCGCUGUCAUGUCUAUUUAGAUGGCUGUUACAUUGGCACGGGACGCCUGCAUUGGGGAAUUGGAUAGUCGCAUAUAUAAAAGCUUUAGAGGAAAACGAACAAUACGACAUAUUGAUACAAACGAGUUUAGACAACGUGGCCAAACUUCUAUCAUCGAUGGCCAAUCCAGCACCGUUACAUCAGAAAUCAGCUGAUGUUAUUUUUCACGUUCUGUCAUCUCUGCGUGAAUCAGCUGAGGCGUUUGAUAGGAUAUCCACUGAAAUCCCUGAUGUGCUGGUAAGCCUGGCCUCUGACAGUGGCCAGUGGAGCCGCCAGUUGCUACAGACGCUGGUAGACAUACUGACAUCGAUGGUCGAUGGAAUACUUGAAACGCUUAAGGGCGACGCCCAAGACGUAUUCAGAGAUAAAUACGCGGACGUGAUACUGUGCCUGGAGAGGCACAUGGCGACCCGCGGCUGCGGUCACCUGCAGCUAACACCAUGGCGGACCCGGAACGUAUGCGUUUCGGACACACCACACGUCCCCAUGAGGAAGGUUGGCCUCCUCAACCUCGGCAACACAUGCUACAUGAACAGCGUGAUGCAAGCUUUGCUUGUCACCAGGCAGUUCAGUACGCAUGUGAUGCUAAAGAUGACAGCCGUGCCCUAUUGGGCUAAAAUGAGCAUACUGUUCUCAAAGAUGAUGCACUCCGUAUCAACCAAGCUUAACCCGGACGAGUUCUUCAGUGUUGUGAAGCCACCGUUUUUUACGAUGGACAACCAGCACGAUAGUUCCGAGUUUCUCGGAUACCUUUUCGAAUUGCUGCAAUCAUAUGAACACUGCUCGGACAAGAACUUUGAUUAUACGCGCCCUGCCGUUCUGAACGGUGCAAGCCGCCUGCGCAUGUUACAUCCACACGGACAGACACAUACCUCACAAUCAAGUGAUGAACGCCCCGGAACAAGUCAAUCUCGUCGCUCUCUAUCACCAAGACCUGGUAGCAGCGCUGCUGGGAGUAGUUCUGGAUCCUCGCAAUCUUUGAAGCGUCCAUCCACUGACAAUCAGAAUCCAACUCCGAAAAAACGUUUGAGAUUGACCGAAGCAACGUUUUUACGACGGGAUUCGUUUAUAGACAGUAUGUUUGGAGGAGUGCUCCUAACACGAGUUGAGUGCUCUGUCUGCCAUGCUACUUUCCUCUCGCGAGAUGUCUUCAGAGACCUGCAACUGGCCUUCCCCGAAAAAACUGAAGGAUGUCAGCACAGUGUACAAAGCCUCUUAGAAUUCUACUGCUCUAAGGAACGAAUGUCAGGAGACAAUCAAUAUGAAUGCCGAGACUGUGGUGGACUACGUGAUGCUGAGAGGAGCGUCCUCAUUGAAACGACGCCCAAGUACCUCAUUUUAGUUUUGAAGAACUUCAAGUUUGACUCCAAGCUGCAAACUCAGACCAAGCUCAUGCACACCGUGUACCAUAAUCACACCGUGACUUUACCCACGGUCCGUACACAGCCAGUCCACCCUGUAUAUAAUUUGUUUGCUGCGGUUAUACAUGCGGGAACUACUCUCGACUCCGGUCAUUAUUUCACUUUAGCCAAGGACAAUGACCAAUGGCACAAGUUCAACGACGAUGAAGUUAGUUUCGCCGAUGAGAAUCUCUUAAACGGCCUGAGUCGCUCUAGCACUCCGUACAUACUUUUUUAUCGUAGAACUGAUGUUGAAGAGGGCGCAGCACCAUCUCUAGAGGAACUACCUCCCAAACUACAGGAAUCAGUCCUCUCACAUAAUAAGAACUAUGUAGAGACCGUACGACAGAUCCGUCACAAUCGUCCCUGA